AUGGCAGCGCCCGUCGAGAGUCAACGAGGACGAGAAAAGCUCAUCCAUGAAGGUUUCGCGUAUGUGUUCGCUCAGCUCAGCCGCGAUCGGUGCACUGAAUUUUGGCGAUGUCAGUUCAAGACUCAUCCGACGAAAAAAUGCUGUGCUCGCCUGCACCGGAUCAUCGCAACUGGAGAGGUUGUCGUGCGCGGGAACCACGCAGAUUUCGCCGAUGCCGCGCAGGUGGAGGUUCAACAGAAGAAAACCGCCCCGAAACGACGAGCCGCUGACACUCUGGAGACGCCGCAGCAAAUCAUACGCGAAGUGCGGGUCGGUUCUUCAUUAGCUGCUCAAGGAACUCUGGAGAGCAACAAGACGCUGGCCAGAAUCGUACGAAGAACACGGGACAAAGUUGGCAUCGCAUCCUUGCACUACACGAGCUUGGCUUCGAUCGACAUUCCGGAGGAGUACCGCCGCUACGAAAGCACCUCGGGAAACUUCGAGAACUUUCUGCUCGGCGACAGUGGCUCUGAUGAUUCGAAUCAAAUCUUAAUCUUUGGUCGGGCGUCCGCUGUUUCGUGGAUCGGCCAAGUGAAGAAACUGCAUGUAGACGGGACGUUCAGUCUAGCCCCCCAGCUAUUCUCUCAGUUGUUUGUGAUCUUAGCCGAGCGACCAGGCUGCGUCGUGCCGAUCGCCUUCGCUUUACUCCCAAACAAGACCGAGGACGUAUACUGCAAGAUGUUGGAUAUGAUCACACUCGGAUGGCCGGACCUGAGCCGAGGCGAUUUCCAUGGAUUCGAAAAAGCACUCUUGAACGCUUUCGGGGCCUAUUUCCCAAACGCAGAGAUACAUGGCUGCUUCUUCCAUUUGGUCCAGAAUCUCAAAAAACGUGUGGCAUCGUGCGGGCUCACCAGAAGAUAUCGGAACGAGUCCGACUUCGCGCUGAGAGUAAGAAUGAUUUCCGCGAUGGCAUUCUUACCACCAAAUCGCCUGGAAGAAGCCCUCCGUGACCUCAGGGACGAGCUACCGGAAGAGCUGCAGCCGGUUCUCGACUAUUUUGAGGACACAUACAUGGGGAGGCUGCAGAUAAAGACCGAUGGAACCAUGGGACGCCGGGAAGCCAUUUUUCCAGUCCACAUGCGGAGUGUCCAUGAAC